CUUGGUCCGUAUAAAUACCAUGUUGACAGUGAACUAGAGCACAGUUCAAUCUGCAGCAUUCAACAGUGAACAAGUCACCAAAACAUCUCAACAUGGCAUUCAAGUUUGUGAUCUUCGCCGCUGUGGUGGCCGUUGCCCGUGCUGGCCUCAUUGCCUCGCCAGCAGUUUCCUACGCUGCUGCUCCGGCUCUCGUUGCUGCCCCAGUCGCCAAGGUCGCUUAUGCCGCUGCCCCGAUCGCCAAGGUCGCGUACGCCGCCCAGCCAGAGGAGUACGACGCGAACCCGCAGUACUCGUUCUCGUACGGCAUCUCGGACGCCCUGACCGGAGACUCCAAGUCCCAGCAGGAGUCGCGCAGCGGAGAUGUUGUCCAGGGAUCGUACUCCGUCGUUGACCCCGAUGGCACCAAGCGUACCGUUGACUACACUGCUGACCCGCACAACGGAUUCAACGCUGUCGUCCGCCGUGAGCCUCUGGCCGCCAAGACCAUCGUCGCUGCUGCCCCGGUCGCCACCAAGGUCAUUGCUCAGCCCGCCGUCGCUUAUGCCGCCCCGGUAGCCAAGACCAUCUCGUACGCCGCUCCGGUCGCCACCAAGACCUACGUGUCGCAGCCAGCUCUGUCCUAUGCCGCCCCUCUGACGAAGACCUACGUGUCGCAGCCAGCUCUGUCCUAUGCCGCUCCAGUGGCCAAGACCAUCUCUUACUCCGCUCCUCUGGCCACCAAGACCUACGUGUCGCAGCCGGCUAUCUCUUACUCCGCUCCUCUGGCCACCAAGACCUACGUGUCGCAGCCGGCUAUCUCUUACGCCGCUCCUCUGGCCACCAAGACCUACGUGUCGCAGCCGGCUCUGUCGUACGCCGCCCCAGCCUACGCUUACCAGCACUUCAAUCUGCAGCAUUCAACAGUGAACAAGUCACCAAAACAUCUCAACAUGGCAUUCAAGUUUGUGAUCUUCGCCGCUGUGGUGGCCGUUGCCCGUGCUGGCCUCAUUGCCUCGCCAGCAGUUUCCUACGCUGCUGCUCCGGCUCUCGUUGCUGCCCCAGUCGCCAAGGUCGCUUAUGCCGCUGCCCCGAUCGCCAAGGUCGCGUACGCCGCCCAGCCAGAGGAGUACGACGCGAACCCGCAGUACUCGUUCUCGUACGGCAUCUCGGACGCCCUGACCGGAGACUCCAAGUCCCAGCAGGAGUCGCGCAGCGGAGAUGUUGUCCAGGGAUCGUACUCCGUCGUUGACCCCGAUGGCACCAAGCGUACCGUUGACUACACUGCUGACCCGCACAACGGAUUCAACGCUGUCGUCCGCCGUGAGCCUUUGGCCGCCAAGACCAUCGUCGCUGCUGCCCCGGUCGCCACCAAGGUCAUUGCUCAGCCCGCCAUCGCUUAUGCCGCCCCGGUAGCCAAGACCAUCUCGUACGCCGCCCCGGUCGCCACCAAGACCUACGUGUCGCAGCCAGCUCUGUCCUAUGCCGCCCCUCUGACCAAGACCUACGUGUCGCAGCCAGCUCUGUCCUAUGCCGCCCCUCUGACCAAGACCUACGUGUCGCAGCCAGCUCUGUCCUAUGCCGCUCCAGUGGCCAAGACCAUCUCUUACUCCGCUCCUCUGGCCACCAAGACCUACGUGUCGCAGCCGGCUAUCUCUUACGCCGCUCCUCUGGCCACCAAGACCUACGUGUCGCAGCCGGCUCUGUCGUACGCCGCCCCGGCUUACGCUUACCAGCACUAAAUCCUAAAAAUACUUGAUUGGACUGUUACAAAAUGAAAGUUAUUUAUUCUAAGAAGAAAAAGGCAAAUACAAAACGGUGAAAUGAAAA